AUAAGCAAUUUACACUGUACCAUUUCUAAUGCCAGAGAAAAUCUUUUGUUUUCACUUACGCUCUCUUUCAGGAUGUUAGGUCUUCAUGUAGGCACCUUGAUCUCCCUGUUCCUGUGCAUUCUCCUGGAACCCAUUGAGGGGUCUCUCAUGCAGCCCUGUCAGCCCAUCAACCAGACUGUGUCUCUGGAGAAGGAAGGCUGCCCAACGUGCUUAGUCAUUCAAACCCCUAUCUGCAGUGGCCACUGCGUCACCAAGGAGCCGGUUUUCAAGAGCCCAUUUUCCACCGUGUACCAGCAUGUGUGCACCUACCGGGACGUCCGCUAUGAAACGAUCCGCCUACCUGACUGUCCCCCUUGGGUGGACCCUCAUGUCACCUACCCUGUGGCUCUGAGCUGUGACUGCAGCCUCUGUAACAUGGACACUUCUGACUGUACCAUCGAGAGCCUGCAGCCAGACUUCUGCAUUACCCAAAGAGUACUAACGGAUGGUGACAUGUGGUGACAUGUCAGCCAACAUGCCUGCCUAUGUAAUGACAUGUUAUAUUACACCCGCCCAUGCUAUGACAUGUAGGUCCAAUGUAUGGGGAACUCAAACUGAACUAAAAUUUCAUAGGUACUACAGACAUGGGCUUGUAGGUUGUAUGUGAAUGUACUUGUACUCAUAUUGGGAUCUGA